AAUUACCGAUUUUGAAUGCUCCUCAUAGGUAAAAACUCGGGCCUAACCAGUCAGUUUGAGAUUUUGUCGUUGUUUGUUCGCAGGGAUCGUGUAGUGGCAGUCUUCGUCCAGGGUCCUGCCUGGCAGUUCAAGGGCUGGCCGUGGCUGCUGCCUGAUGGAUCCCCCGUGGAUAUAUUUGCCAAAAUCCGAGCUUUUCACCUGAAGUAUGACGAGGCACGGAUGGACCCAAACGUGCAGAAGUGGGACGUGACUGUGCUGGAGCUGAGCCACCACAAACGACAUCUGGACCGGCCCGUCUUCCUCCGCUUCUGGGAAACACUAGACAGAUACAUGGUCAAACACAAGUCCCAUCUGAGGUUCUGAGACCGCUGGCCGUCCACCGUCAAGAUCUUCCCUCCCUUCAGAGACAUUUCAAGAUGGACCGCUAGACCCCCGAUCCUCUCAGCCUCCCUGAAAGCACUUUGGAUUUCAGUAUGCUUCACCCUCUGCUGACACCAGUUUGAUUUGUAGCUUCUUCCUCCACCCGUAGAUGAACAGGUCAGGGCGGGUGAGAGGAAAUUUGGAUGUUUGGGUUGGUCCUUGUCAUGUUUUCUCAGUAGCUAUGUAUUUUUCAAUUGUAAAGCAGUUGGUAAUCAAGGCAGAUUGAAAAGGAGAUAAUUGAUUUUUUUUUUUUUUUUUUUUGUAAAACACAAGCUGGAUGUAAGAGAACCAUUGAAAAUGGUGACUUGUUGAUAUGAAUAAAUGACUGCUGUCUAAAACUCUUGUAAUGAUA